UGUGGGAUUUGUAGUUCUUAAACGCAACGACUGUGCGACACUUGCACGCCAGCUUCCUCGCCAUGUGGAUUUUGCAGUAAACGAAGAACUUUCCAAGCUAGCUGUCUGCAGGGUUUUCAGUCACUAUGUCUUUUUGUUUUAACUUCGAUGUUCCUUCACAAACAACGAACCUUCUUGGCGAAGGGGAUGGAAAUGAAAUGCAAAAGGGAAAGAAAGACAAUGCUGCUAAAAUUGAGGAUGAAACUAAUCCAGCAGAGCCGGUGAAAGAGGCCAAAGAACACCCUCCAAAUUCUGACCCCCAGUUUCUCCUCAUGGAUGCUGUGGCUGAAACAAUUACAAUAGGAACGCUUCCUCCUCUUUACUUCCUCAAUGAGACAGUUUUUGAAAAGACAGCCGCAGAGAGAGAGGACGGGGAGAAAAUCCUCUCUCGCACCGCUGAACAGAGGUCUGAUCUCAUCUCGGGUGUGUACGAGGGGGGACUGAAGGUGUGGGAGUGCACCUACGACCUUCUGGAGCUGAUUGAGAAAGACGGAGUGACCUUUAGGGGGAAGGCGGUUUUGGAUUUGGGCUGCGGUGCGGGACUGUUGGGGAUAUUGGCUAUGAAGAGAGGGGCACGGCAAGUCCACUUCCAAGACUAUAACAGUACGGUUAUUGAACAGCUCACGGUGCCAAAUGUAAUACUAAACUGCCAAGAGGAUGACGAAGUAGACAGUGAGGACGACAGAGACGGGAAGGGUAAAGGAAAAGGGGGAGGGGUGGGAGAGGGGUGUGAGGAGAAGUUGAAAGAGAAACAAGACGUAGAGGAUGGUGUGUCACCACCAAAGAAGAAGGCCUCUGACCUGUCUCAGCACCCAGAACUCACAAAGUGUCGUUUUUUCUCCGGUGACUGGAGCACAUUUCUUGCUUUGGUUAAAAAGGAGAACCCACACCCCAAAUAUGACAUUAUAUUCACCUCAGAGACGAUUUACAACACGACAUAUUACCCCACACUACACCAGACCCUCCAUAAACUGCUGGCUCCAGACGGGCUGAUCUACCUCGCCACCAAAUCGCACUACUUCGGCGUAGGUGGUGGACUUCACCUGUUUGAGACGUUUGUGGAGCAGAGGGGAAUUUUCUCUCUGGAUCACCUGUGGGAUGGAGAGGAAGGACUACAGAGACACGUUGUAGUGCUGCGUUUUAAAAAGGCAAAGGGCAACUGAGAUCAACAUUCACACAGAAGCCUUUCUUUUCUAAAAGCAAGCUCUUAGAUGUUAUAAUGUUUUACAGCUGUUUUCCAGGUCGCGUAUAAUAAUAAAAGUAUAAAAAAAGAAAUGUGACAGAUUAUCAUUUCACCUCUUCCUGUUAUCUUCAAAUGAAAAUGGGUGGUAACAAUCCAGAGGGGAUGGGAUGAUCUGACCAAGGUUUCCUGUGAAAACUCAUAGUUUCCCUUUGUCUUCUGCAAAGCUUGAUUUAUUUUCUCAUCAUCUUAGGAAACAAAGCUUGUUUUCAUUUUUAAGCGUUCUAAAGAACAAAACAAUUGACUGGGAUGCUGAUAAGCCAGACCACAACAUGCCAUGCUACCACUGACAACACCAGUGAGGUUGGUUCGGCCUAUCUCUGUGUUUUUAUACUUCCUUUUCAACUACAGUGUACAAGUUAUAAUCAUCUGACAUUAAAGUCAAAAUCUAAAGAUAACAACUGAAAUUUGCUCACAACUAAAGGAAAAUAGAUUAAAUUGUAUUGAUGCAGACCUCCCUUGUGGCUUACAUGGAGAAGAGCUAAUGGUAUACUAAUAUGAUUGCCCAUGGUGGAUUCUACAUUCAACCCCUAGACUUCCUACAUGCUGCCAGUUUCCUCUUUAUUUCACAGUUUCUCUUGGUUAUAUAUAACAGCACCUAAAAGACAUUACUGAUUGCA